AAAAAUUUCUUAUUUUUUUUUAUACUCAGUAAAAUUCGUUUGAAAAAAUAAAAAUUCAUUCCUCGAUUGAAAAUAAGAUAAAAUACCAACUUGUUGCGGUUCCACGUAUUAUCGAUCUUAUAAGAAAGAUAAGGAAUUCAACAAUUGAUAGAAAAGACACGUAAUAAAUGAGUAUCUUGUUAGAUUUCAGGUAUAAUAUUAAAACUAAAUUUUUCUUCUUUGAAAUCUUAAAACUAAUUUAUCAUUUAUACAAUUCUUCUAUUUUAUUAAAAGAUUUUAUAACGUCAAAAAUAUCAAUCGAUUUUUUGUAAUAUAAUAUAUAGCAUUAUUUAUUAACCCUUUUGUAUUUAGAAGCUUAAGUAAAGAUGGAUAGGGGAUGAGAAAGAUAGUUUAUUGGUUGGGGAUGACCUAAUUCCAUCUAUGACGUGUUCAUAGAAUGAGGUCAGUAUAAUGAUUUGUUUUUAUUGUCAGUCUCUUCUUUCUUAAUCAUUCCUUUAUUUUAUUUUUUUAGUAAAAUUACAACAAUAAGAAUUAAAUAAUGGAAUAAGAAAUUCAAAUUAAAAAUGGAAAAUAUAUGAAAAUUUUCUGAAUUUAUUAAAUAGAAAUCGUGACAAGAAUUUAUACAUUCGGAUAGAAGAGAAAGCUCGCGGGUUGCGCAUGCGGUUUAACUGAAAUGAAAUAUCGAGUGGAAAUUCUAGAGAGUCCAAGUGCAAGUAGAAGUAGGAAAAACACCCUGGUGGAAAGCUCACAAGCAUUUCCAUUCAUGGAUCGACCUGUUCAUAGAUAAACCUUGGACGUCAACGAGUGUGAACGUAUAGAGUAACUUUUUGGGGGGCAACACUUAAAACUUACGUGAUCUAUUUCAUUCAUUUAGGAAUAAACUGUUGAAUCUUUUUAAAUUUUUAAAAUUAUUAUUACUCUUGAGAGUAUACGUUUCUUGAAUGCCAUUAAACAAAUUUUGAGUGUUGUUUAACAGUUUUAGUUGUGAAAGAAAUUCGAAUUAUCACAAUAUUAUCCCUAUAGAACAUUAAAAUUACGGUAAAGUGUUCUUCCGUGGGAAAAGUAGCCCGGCAAGCGAAGAAGCUCCAGAAUUCGAGCAACAGGACAACGCAAGCUCAAUGCCUGAAGCUUCGGGAUCGGGGGUUGGCCUGGGCGUGAUGGGAGUGGCUGACGAGCCAGAUUAUUCGACCUUCGAAAAUAGAACGGGUCUUGCUGAAGAUAUGAAAUUCCUGGCGAGCAUGCCCGAGCUUUGUGAUGUGACCUUUCUUGUUGGAGAAACUAGGGAACCGGUAUGUGCGGUGAAGGCUGUUCUCGCUGCAAGGAGCAGAGUGUUCCAUAAAAUGCUUUAUCAACAACCUAGUCCACAACGGAAAAAGGAACCGCAGAAAGACAAACUAAGAUUUUUAUUCAAACGUAGUUCGGAGCCGUUAUUAAAUUUACAAAAUGCAGCGCAACAGCGUUCAGGGUUCACUCAGCAGCUGGCUCCCAUACAAGAGCCUCAACCUAAUCAACAUCAAACGCUUAUUAUCGAGGAGUUUGAGCCAGAUGUUUUCCGUCAGCUUAUCGAAUACAUUCAUACAGGAUGUGUCACUUUACAACCAAGAACAUUGUUAGGAGUCAUGAACGCUGCCGAUUACUAUGGAUUGGAUGAAUUAAGAAAAGCUUGUGCUGGUUUUGUUCAAUGUUGUAUUACUGUUGAUACAGUAUGUGCUCUAUUAGCAUCUGCCGAACGAUACAUUCAAUAUAAAUGUACGAAAUCACUUGUUCAAAAGGUUUUAGAAUUUGUUGAUGAACAUGGAAACGAAGUUUUGAAUCUUGGCUCUUUUACCUUACUUCCACAGCAUGUUGUUAGAUUAAUUUUAGCAAGAGAAGAACUGAGAGCAGAUGAAUUUACUAAAUUUCAAGCAGCUCUUAUGUGGAGUAAAAAAUUCUGCGACAGCAAUCCUAAUACUACUCUACAAGAUGUCAUUGGAAACUUCCUUGAGUAUAUACAAUUUCAUAAAAUUCCAGCGACAAUGUUAAUGAAAGAAGUAAAUCCAUUAGGUCUAGUCCCUCAUGAAACCAUAAUGAAUUCAUUGGCCUAUCAGGCAGACCCCACCAGUGUCGACGUUGGAAAACUAUCUCCUUACAGAGUGAGAAAGCAUGGGCGUAGCAUGUCAGUACAGUCAUCAAUGGAUCCAUAUGAAAGCAAUAUGACUCUAAGUUCAAGUGGUAGUGAUGUCGGUUCUGAUCAAAAGCAUUCUGGUAGUAACUAACCUCUAGCCCCGGCCGCAUUACUU